CAUAAGCUGUACCGUUUCAAACUAGUGCAGUUUUACGAAUCAUUGUAAGCAGAAAUUACUUUUAAACCAAGGAACAGUCAGUGUUUGCUUCAAAAUGCAAUUGAAAUUUCGACACUUGUUAUCUCUAUUCUUCAUUGGCAUUGUAAUGUUGGGGUCUUCGACUGUGCAUUGCGAAGAUUGGAAGAAUUGGAUUUGCGGAAAAUAUAGUGUCAGGGAAUUCAAAUUAUUCAAAGAACAAAAAGACUUUGAUAACGCGAAAAUCUCAAGGAGUAGUUUGCAACACGUUGGGCAAUUUAAGUGCUGUGGCUGCUGCGACGCAUUGUUGGUACCAAAUGGAAAUGGGCAACUGUGCCUGAAAUCGAUAUCUUCAGGUUCAUGGGUGCUUACCAAUUACAAUAAGAAUAUCCACCAAGUUGUAGGUGAAACUAGCAACACUUGCUGUCCAAACUAAGCUCCAAGGAAAUAUUUUUGCUCGCAUUAGCUCUGACUAAUUAUAUUCUUGUAAUGAGGUAAACAGAUGUUCAAAUGCCUGGAAACAGGUUUUUUGAACUUUGAAACUGAUGUUAUUGAAUGUUUUCAAAUAAAAACGCGACCAAAUGAAA